GUCGGAGCUUUGAAUCAGUGGCUGCGAGAUCCCUGCCCGGCCAGCAUCGGGGCUGCUGGAAGGAUGCCGAGCCCGAGAGCAGCGUUGCUGCUAGGGGCUGCAAUCCUGCUGGCGGCCACCGCCUCCUGCAGUCACACCACCCAAGGAUUCAAUAAAAACUCUAAAGGAAGAAGUCUAAUUGGUAAGCGGAAUGGCUCAUCUCAAGUCAUUGGAAAAGGAGUUACAAUGGGACCAGGCUUCUCCGUGGAUGAAUUUUCUGCCUCGGUCCUUACUGGAAAACUGACUACCGUUUUCCUCCCAGUCAUCUACAUAAUUGUAUUUGUGGUUGGUUUGCCGAGUAAUUGCAUGGCCCUGUGGGUAUUUCUUUUCCGAACACAGAAGAAGCACCCUGCUGUGAUUUACAUGGCCAAUCUGGCCUUGGCCGACCUCCUCUCUGUUAUCUGGUUCCCCCUGAAGAUUGCCUAUCACAUACAUGGCAACAAUUGGAUUUACGGGGAAGUGCUCUGCAAGGUGCUGAUUAGCUUCUUCUAUGGCAAUAUGUACUGUUCCAUUCUCUUCAUGACCUGCCUCAGUGUGCAGAGGUACUGGGUCAUCGUAAACCCUCUGGUGCACCCCAGGAAGAAGGCAAACAUUGCCAUAGGUGUUUCUCUGGGAAUCUGGCUGCUGAUUCUGCUGGUUACCAUCCCCUUGUAUGUUGUGAAGCAGACCAUCCACAUUCCAGCCCUUAACAUCACAACCUGUCAUGAUGUUUUACCUGAGGAGGUGUUGGUGGGGGACAUGUUUAAUUAUUUCCUCUCUCUGGCCAUUGGAGUGUUUAUGUUUCCAGCCUUCCUCACGGCUUCUGCCUAUGUACUGAUGAUCAAAGUGCUCCGAUCUUCAGCUGUGGACGAAAACUCGGGGAAGAAAAGGUGGAGAGCCAUCAAACUCAUUGUCACUGUCCUGGCCAUGUACCUGAUCUGCUUCACUCCUAGUAAUCUUCUGCUCGUGGUGCAUUAUUUCCUGAUUAAAACCCGGGGCCAGAGCCAUGUCUAUUCUCUGUACAUCACAGCCCUCUGCCUCUCCACUCUCAACAGCUGCAUUGAUCCCUUUGUCUAUUACUUUGUUUCAAAAGAUUUCAGGGAUCAUGCAAAGAACACUCUGCUCUGUCGAAGUGUCCGAACUGUAAAGCGGAUGCAAAUAUCCCUUAGCUCAAAGAAAAUCUCCAGGAAAUCUAGCUCUUACUCUUCAAGUUCAACUAGUGUUAAAACGUCCUAUUGAGCGCUCUAUCUCCCCAGAUGGAAGUUUUUUGGUAGGAUUUGGACCCUACUUAAUGUUAUGGGGAUGUUUCUGUUCUUUCCUAAUAGAGUGGGUCUUACCAC